AUGUCUGCUACCCCCGACGAGAAAGCGUCCAACGGGGCUGUCGAGAGCUCCUGCUCGUCCACCGCGUACACCCCCGACAAUGAGAAGCAAGAGCAAGACGCCCCCGAACAGCCCGAGGCCCCUCCGCGCGAUAUCAACGGCUGGAAAUGGUGGUUGGCCAUCUUCUCCAUCUGGUCUUCGAUCUUCUUCUACGCCCUGGAUAACACCGUUGUUGCCGACAUUCAGCCCGUCAUUAUCGAGGACCUGGGCGAGCUCGAGAAAUUGACCUGGCUCAGUGUCGCCUUCCUGCUCGGCGCCACCGCUACAAACCUGAUCUGGGGAAAGCUGUACGGUCAGUUCAACGCGAAAUGGACGUAUAUCCUGAACAUCGUGGUCUUCGAGGUUGGCUCUGCGAUAUGCGGUGCGGCACCGAGCAUGAACGUGAUGAUUGUCGGACGCGCCUUGUGCGGAGUGGCUGGCGCAGGACUGUACGUGGGCGUCAUGACUCUCAUUGCUAUGACUACGACCCUGCCUGAACGGCCGCUGUACAUUGGAGGAACCGGUCUGACAUGGGGUAUUGGCAUUGUGCUUGGUCCUGUUGUAGGAGGAGGAUUCAGCGUGUCCUCUGUGGGCUGGCGCUGGUCGUUCUACAUCAACCUGCUUAUCGGCGCUGUCUGUGCCCCUGCAUACCUCUUCCUGCUUCCUAGCAAGGACCCUCGUCCAGGAGUUUCAUGGAAAGAACGCUCUAAGGAAGUCGACAUUAUUGGUUCCAUCCUGCAGAUGGCAGCCCUAACGACCUUCAUCCUGGCCAUCUCCUGGGGCGGCGUCACUUACCCCUGGAACUCGGGCCAGGUUAUCGGUCUCUUCGUGGCAUCUGGAGUCCUGUUCAUUAUCCUUGGACUGCAGCAAGUCUUCCUGGUCUUUACAACCCUGAGCCGCCGUAUCAUCCCGGUCGAGUUCUUUGGUUCUCGCACGGUGCUCAUCCUGUUCGCCUCGACUGCCGCCGCCGGUGCCUCUGCCUUCGUCCCAAUUUAUAUGAUUCCCAUCUUCUUCCAGUUCACCCGUGGCGAUGCGGCCCUCGACGCAGGAGUGCGACUUCUCCCAUUUAUCGUCCUCAUGGUCGUUACCAUCCUGGCCAACGGCGCCUUCCUCUCCAAGUUCGGCUACUACAUGCCCUGGUACACAGCCGGAGGACUGCUUGCUCUGGCCGGCGGAGCCUUGAUGUACACAGUCGACCUGUACACCUCCACCAGCCGCAUCUACGGAUACACCGUCAUCCUAGGCCUCGGCGUCGGCCUGUGGAUCCAAGCCUCGUUCGCCGUCGCGCAAGCCGUCGUUAAACCAGAACUGGUCCCUGCCGCCGUGGGAUUCAUCACCCUCGCCCAGUUCGCCGGAAUCACCAUCGUCAUGGCCAUCGCCAACGCCGUCUUCCUCAAUACAUGCCUGACCGAGAUCCCCAAGAUCCUGCCCGGUGUUCCCCGCUCCCAGAUCGAGGCUGCUAUCCAGGGCGCCUCUGACUUGCUGGAUACAUUGAACGACGAGACCCGCACUAAAGUCCUUGAGGCUAUUGUCUCUGGCAUCAGCAAGGCUUAUAUCCUUGUCAUUGCUGCUGGCGGUCUAGUCGCUGUGCUUAGUGUGCUCAUGAAGCGCGAGCGUCUGUUUGGUGUUUCUGGUGCUGUUGGUGCUGCUUAG